AUGGCUACAAGCCACAUGUAUCAUAAUCUCCAAAGCUAUUGGUGCUGUUCCACUCUUGCAUUGCUGUCCUCCACUAGUCUCAGCAGAUGCAUCCUCAAGUAUGGAGCAAAGGGCAUUAGUUUUAACAAUGACACAAUAAUUCUACAUGGGGGUGGGGAUAAGAAGCUGAUUGAGGAAAGAUGUGCAGAGGCACCUGCAUUCACAAUAGCCUCAAAUGCUGGUUUUGAUGGUGCACUGUUUAUUGGCAGAUUGUUGGAACAAGAUAAUCAUAAUUUGGGUUUUGAUGCUGCUAAAGGUGUAUAUGUUGACAUGGUGGAGGAGAGAAUCAUAGAUCCUCUCAAAGUGGUUAGAACGGCUUUAGUUGACGGCUUGACGCUACCAGAUUUGAGCUCUCUGUGGCAUGUAUGAUUGAGAGAUGGAGGGAUUUGCUCCUCUUCACCUCUGAAUCUAUCAAAAGGGCCGCUUUGCAAGCCAUCAGCAAUGACCAAGUUUCUGUUCCCAGCCUUGUAAUAGCUGUAUUUACUCAUGAUCUUUGGCUGGAUCACUACGAGUGCUAUUGUCAGCUGUUUGAAGAUGUCUAUGCCACCUGUAGAAGGACAACUCUGCUGUUGGUUGGCUUCUCUGCUGGUAGGUGACAAAUGCAAUUUCAAAGUGAACAUUGAGUUGGAGCUUGGAUUUGCCCAGAGUCUGCGCAUUAUCAAGAUGCCUGAAUUGAUGGAGUGCUUGUUGAUCAAUACCGCCGUUUGGCUAGGCCACUGGUGAACUCAUGAGAAAGAGGCUGCCCCAGAACUCUAAACUGGUUAAGCUUGUUUGCUGCCAAACUGAUUUGUGGGGUGGAUAGAAGAGUCCUGCCGAUCACUGAGCCUCUACUAUGAGAUUCAAUGUUUUGUGAAUAGCAAAUUAAAUCUUCAAAAUAUUGUCAAUAUUCUUACCUUACAAUUAACAAAAAAAGAAAAAAAAAUCUAUAUAAUUUUGAGAUCGCAUUUGAAUAUAUAAUAUAGUUUUUUU